UACUACCCGGCUUUCUUUAGACCGCCUGUUCCGCAGGUGGAAGCAGCCUUUGAAUUUGGACACCCCCGCUGUUUCCGGGCCGGCCAAUAAUAACGGCUCAAGCAGCUUUUCCUGCUCAUCGAAAACUAGAAAAACACAGCUCCUGCCUCAGGAAAGAGAAGCACUUCACACAGCUACCUCAGGACCACAGCUGCCUUCUGCCAGUGUUCACGAUUCAGUAUAUAUAAGCUACAGAAGCAUGAUUGACUCAACAAAUAUGACUUCGUCUCUCAACCACACUCAUCAUCUUUUUAUCCCAUCAGUCAACCAUUUCUUUAUGCUGGUCUACAGUCUGCUGUUUCUGGUGGGUUUACUGCUCAAUGGCUUCAUCCUAAAGUUUUACUUUCACCAAGUUCGGCAGCAGGCAUCCAGCAGCUUGAUGGUCUACCUUAAGCACCUGACAGCUGCUGACUUCCUGCUCUGCCUCUCUCUGCCAUUGCGGAUAAUCCACUACGCCAGCAGCUCUGGCAUUGUUUACAUACUCCACUGCAGCUUUGGAGCUACUUCCCUGUACCUCAACAUGUACGCCAGCAUACUGUUCAUGGGGUACAUCGCUGUUAACAGGUAUCUGAAGAUCGUCCAUCCUUCAGGAACUCACAUCCUGCAGACAGUACGGACUGCUCACAUCGUCUCCACGGUCACCUGGGUUUUUCUCCUGGCUCAAGCAAUUGCCUACAACAUAAUGUUUUUCAUCACUCACAAUCCUCUGACCUCUGACCGUUGCUACUGUGGGCACCUCUUCAGUACGUCAUUCAGCAUCCUUCAUAACACAUUUCAAAUCAGCUGCACCAUCAUCUUCCUCUUGGUCUUCGUAUGCUUGGUCUUCUUCUACUACAGCACCUCCCGCAGGGUGUUGCAGGCACAGCAGACACAGCUGGCCUCCUCUGAGAAGCUGGUGAAGUCUCGCAGGAACAUGUUGGUGCUGGUCAGCAUCUUCUGUGUUUGUUUUGUGCCCUACCACCUGGUUCGAGUUCCCUAUAGUUUUUUCUGGAAUAACCCUGUGGGUGGGGUGUUAUACUACCUGAAGGAAGUGGCCACCAUGGUGUCAAUUUUUAAUGUCUGUCUGGACCCUCUUGUUUACUUUUACCUCUGUAAGACUUUUCGGGCCCAGGUAAGAAAGAUGUCCAGGAGAGUCUAUGAUCCAACAAAGAGAAAGGGAGAGAGCAUCAAGAGCAGCAAGGCAAACCAGCGAGCUGUAAGGUAAACAGUUUCUGCUGAGUUCAGAGAUCAAUAUGAGGCUCAACUCAGCAAUUCAUUUGGAGGCGAUGACAUCAUGUUAUUUAAAAAAAAUUAUUUUCAAUAAAUUUGAAACAAUUUAAAGGAAACCUUUUCCAUCCUAUCAUUAAAAGCUAUUUUAUUUGUAAUAUUUUCGAGGUGAAAAGAAAACAAAUGAAUCAAUUUUGAAUGAGGCUAUAACGUGACAAAACGUGAACCACUCAGGACACUCUCUGGAUGCACCGAGACAACUGAACCUCUCUACUGCAGGCGUGGGUUAGUUUCAUCUUUCCACCUCACACUAACAUGUAGCGUAAACAAUCACACAUUUAUAUCUCACUUAAUAUCUUUCAUUUGUUUUUCCAAAACUUAGUCAAAAUUGAUAAAUGAUCACCAUGUUUUUCUUUAGUGUUUGUAUGCAAGUAAAAUGAGCCUUGUUCUUUGUGACCUGGAUUGUGUCGUUAAUCUGUGUCACACAGACUGACUUUAACUCUGUGGUCAUAGCGUCCUGUUUCUGAUGCGACUACAGGUUCUCAAGUUUUACUGAAGGGGUUGUUACCUUUAAAACACACA